AUGCUUAAAUUGCAUAGUAGAGAAGAAUUGAAAGAGAUUCUCCAAAGAAGAUCAUCUCUAAAUAAUGAACUUUCAAUACUUUAGAGGAGUGCUCUAAUGCAAUUAAAUAAUCAUACAACUGAAGAAUUAUAAUCUAACCAAAAAGCCCCAGGAGGAAGUCCUGCCCAUAUAAGAAUCAAUCUUCAACAAUUUAAACUUCCUAAAAUUCAACACACUACUAAAAUUAUUACAAAUAAAUAUAUUGGAGAAUAUAACAAUAUGUUAGGAAUAAUUACAAGCAAACACUAAAUUCCUUAACGAAAUUGUACAUACAGAAGUGCUUCUUCUUAUCAUAAUACUGAUUAAUUUAUUGAAAAAUAGAAUUACGUCAUCAAUUAAUUCAUUCGUCCUAGAAAAUUGGGAACUUUUAGAUGA